AUGACUCCCCUUCCCGACGUCGAUGUCUUGGUCGUAGGCAGUGGAAAUGCCGGUUUUGCAGCCGCUCUCUCUGCCUCUCAAAACGGCGCAAAAAGAGUUUUGCUUAUCGACAAGUGCCCCGAGAACUGGGUUGGUGGCAAUACCUACUUCACAGCCGGUGCCUACCGAAUUGUCCAUGGUGGUCUGCAAGAUCUUUUGCCAAUUGUCAACAAUGUUUCUCGCGAACAGGCUGACAGGAUUGACCUGGCACCUUACACCGAGCGGGACUUUCAAAACGAUUUCGACAGGGUGUGCAUGGGUCGAUCGGACCCUGAAUUAGCCAAGUCACUCAUUCAAAAUUCCAAUGCUGCUAUUAAAUGGCUUGCUGCGAAUGGGAUCCGCUUCCAGUUGUCUUUUAACAGACAGGCUUACGAGGUUGACGGAAGAAUCAAGUUCUGGGGUGGUCUGACUAUCAAAACCGAAGAUGGAGGUAAAGGUUUGAUCGAAGAUUAUCUCGCUGCCAUCAAGAGACACAAUGUCCAGGUUUCGUGGUUGACAGCACUCACGGGGCUUGAGAGAAACUCCGACAACAGCUAUACUGUCAGGGUUUCUAUUGACGGUUUAGACAGCUCGUUGACCGCCAAAACUGUCGUGUUGGCCGCAGGUGGAUUUGAGUCUAAUGCGCAGAAGCGAAGUCAAUUUCUUGGACCUGGCUGGGAUAUGGCUAUGGUCCGUGGAACACCUUACAACACCGGUGACGCUUUGGACAUCGCAAUUCAGCAACUAGGCGCUCAAGCUGUGGGAAACUGGUCAGGCUGUCACUCUGUGGCCUGGGAUGCCAACGCGGACCCCAACACAGGAGACCGAGAAGCUUCGAACGAGUACACAAAAUCGGGUUACCCACUUGGUCUCAUGCUCAACGUUGACGGGCAUCGAUUUGUCGACGAGGGUAUUGAUUUGAGGAACUACACCUAUGCCAAAUUCGGUCGAGCUAUCCUACAACAGCCUGAGCAGCUCGCCUUCCAAGUCUGGGACGCUCGAACAAGUGAUUGGCUUCGAAUGGAAGAGUACCGCGAAGAGCGGGUAGAGCGUAUCACGGCAGAUACUCUGGAGGAGCUGGCCGACAAGUGCGCAGACCGUGGACUGAAGGAUAAAAUUAGUUUCGUCGAUACCAUCCGGGAGUAUAACGAAGCGGUUUAUGCGCAUCGUCGAGAGAACCUCGAGGCAAAAUGGGACCCUGCAAUUCGAGACGGACUCUCGACACAAUCCUCGACGAAGAAGCUAGCUUUGGGCAAGACGAACUGGGCUCUACCUCUGGAUAAGGGACCUUACAUGGCCGUCAAGGUGACUUGCGGCGUCACAUUUACAUUCGGUGGCAUCAAGAUUGAUCCUCAGACUGCUCAGCUAAUCCAUGGAUCUACGGGCCAACCUAUUCCCAACGUAUUCUGCGCUGGAGAAAUGGUGGGAGGGUUGUUCUAUUCCAACUAUCCUGGCGGCAGUGGACUGACAUCAGGCGCUGUUUUUGGAUCGAAGGCUGGUAAGGCGGCUGCGGAGGCUGCGGAGGCUGUUGGAAGAUCCACAGACACCAGAGUUCUAAGUAAGCUGUAG